ACGAAAUACGAAAGUUACAGUGCUACACAUUUUAAAUAAAAACCAAAUAUUGCGGUACAUUUUAUAAUUUAACACAUUUAUAAACCGCGAAAAUACACAAACUAUUUAAUUACAGUCCGAGGCAGACAAAGUCACUACUUGUGUGCGAAUUGAAAUGAAUAACAAAAAGAUCCUCGACUGCUUCACCCUUCUACUAUGUGGAUUACAAAUAUGCAAUUGCCUUAGCUAUGAGAAGGUUGGCGAAGGUUAUUAUUUCAUAGGCAUUGGUCACACCGAUGAAAACAUUUUCGAUUACUUCGAUGCACGCAGAAGUUGUUGGCAAAACGGUGGAGAAUUGGUUUCUGUGGAGACGGCCGAGGAAAUGAUGCUCUUGCAGAUCUACAUAUCGUCGAAAGGUUUUAGUGUUGUGUUCAAGUCGAAGAUGGAAAAGUCCUGCGAGACUAUGUUGCUAGCCCUUUUACUUCUGGCCAGCUAUGCCAUCAUCUAUAUGCAUUUCUGGAAGCCUCGUUGCAUGAAACCCUUUGUUGAGAUUGGAAGUAGCUGCUACUUUUUCUCUACCAACAAGGCACCCACUUAUGAGUACUAUAAGGUGUCUUACAAGAGUCGCAUAUACAGUGUGCCAGCCAUGCUAGACUGGUUGCACGCGGGAUUCGCGUGCGAGGCAAUGGACUCCAAUGCCCGCUUGGUGAGCAUCGAAUCCGCUGAGGAGAUGCGCAACCUGGCCAACUUUAUGCUCCACUCUGCCCAUGCCAACACUCAUCCGCACUUCUGGAGUGGCGGACAUCGUGGUAAUCUGGCUGCCAAGGUAUUCGACCAUCUCAGCAUGAAGAACUUUUACUGGCUCAACGAACUCCAUCCCAUGAACUACUCCAACUUUCUUCAGCAUGAUCCAGAUGGCGGAAGCAAACGAUACCCCAAUGGUUACUGUGUUUACCUCGACUUCUUGAAAGCCGAUCUGGUUAUGCGAUCAGCUAAUUGUAAACAUCAAAUGGCCUUUGUCUGCGAACUGCCCUGGCAACGAUGAAACCCUUAUAUAAAAAAAGAGAAUGCAAUCAGAGCUUUCAUAGAAAUGAUUAAUACAAUAUAAUUAUAGAAUACAAUCACCUUGAUUUUAAUUGGCAACUGCAUCAGCUUACUAAGAAUCUAGAAUAGCCUCGAUUGAAAAAUAGAUUAGAUUUUACUAAAAUUAAAAGUCAGCAAUAGUUACUCAAGAAUUCACUCACAUUCAUCGAUUUCUAAAUUGAAUCAUUUAAUAUAUUUAAUCCAACCUCCCUUACAAAAAUUUUGAUUUAAGUUCAUUAACUGCUUGAAGUUCUCCAAAAGCUAUAAAAAUACAUACAUUCAGAAGAUCAGAUCUUAACGUUGGUAUAUUGCAUUAAAAGUUUUUAUAUAGAUUUUCGUAUUGUAAUGUUUAUAUCAUCAAAUGUGCAUGUGAUCGUUAAAUUUAUAAACAUUUUUCGCCCGAUAAUAUUAAAGUAUCGAUUCCGUUUGUAAUUGUUGCCCCGACUGUUACCUUUGCUUAAGAGAUAAGAUAAUAAAGUAAUAUAUUUAUGAA